ACAUACCUUAAUUAGCUUAAGCUUGUGCAUGUAUAUAUAAAUUGAGAACCAUGUAGCUAGCUAGCAAGAAAUUAGAAGUGAAGCAGGGGGGAACUAACAUUAGAGAUUAUUCAUUAAUAAGAAUGGCAAGAACUACUACUAUUCCACAUCGUACCUUGGGUGUGCUAGUGAUUCUUCUUGCGUUUUCUCAUCUUCUUAUGUGCUUGAAAGCAGUUCCAAUUACAAGAAGUGAAAGCCUCAUGCAAGGUUCUCAAGGUCAUGCUGUCCUUGUCCUGCAGAGUAGUAACCACAAGGAUGAGGAUAUGAAUAAAGAUGAAAAAACAGAGAGAAUGGAUUUGGAACUGCUAGACUACCAACCACCGGGGGCUAAUGGUCAUCACACUCCAAAAGCACCGUGAUGACACUAUAUUUUAUUAUUAUUAUUAUUAUAUGUAACUCGUUAUAUAUUUAGAGUAAUAUUUUAAAUUAGUCUUUUAGCUAAGAAAUUAGUAUUAUCUAGUUUAAUUGUGCAUCAU